AUGUGUACAUUGUUGAAGCAUGGUGCUGAUCCAAAUCUUAUGGACAAAAAUGGCAAUACUUCUCUUCACUAUGCUGUGUCUGAAGACAAUCAGAAGCUGGCUGAAUAUUUGCUUAAAUACAAUGCAGACAUGGAACAAAAGAACAAGGAUGGCUUUACACCACUUUUACUGGCUCUCAAGGAAAACAAUAUAGAGAUGGCAAAAUUUUUAGUAAAGAAGGGGGCAAAUAUACAUGUAUUUGAUAAGAUGAAAAGUCUGGAUGAAGGCAUUGACUUUUUCUUUAAAGAUGUGUUUGGAUGGACUGCCUUACGUUAUGCUAUUGAAGGCACAAGUAAAGGUAGUCGAAAGAUUCUUAUGGAUCAUGAAGUAAAGUUACAUAUUAAAAAUAAAGAUGACAGUCAAGAAUACAAGAAUUCUGAAGACAAUUCAUUAGCCAAGCACCACGAUGAUCCUACUUCUGGAUCCACCUUGUCUAAGUCAAGUGAGGAUGAUGGUGUUUUUGAUGAAAAGCCAAGUUCUUCUAAGCAUGCUCCUGCUAAAUGUCCUAGUAACUUAGGUGGGGCUGGAGAUCAAAGAGACAAAAAGGAAGCAAAAGGAACAGUAGAAGGGAGACCAAAGAAGGGGGGAAAAUUAUUGUGGAAGUUGAUGACAAAGUGGCAAAAGUCAGGAAUGUAAAGGUGAGCAGUCGACCAGAGAGCUUUGGAGACACCCGGGAGAAGGUUGUAGCAUUUGGUUUUGAUUACUGCUAUUGGUCAGUGAACCCGGAGGACCCUCACUACGCAUCUCAGGAAGUGGUAAUGUUA